GGAGGCAAAGAUAAGCAAAAGAGGUUUCCAUUAUUGUUGACUCCUUGCGAAAAAAGAAGCUCUCUCUCUCUUUCCCUUUGAUCCGAUUCCAUCCAGUUUCUAGAGAGAGAAAGCUGUCUUCUUCUAGAGAGAGAAAGCCAUAGUCAAUCAAUCUCUCUCCGCUUCUUUUUCUAAGUUUCCGCCAUUUCCGCAUGGUCUUGUUCCUUCGAGCUCCGAUCCAACUCGCUCGGCCUACGUUUCGACUCGCUCACCCUCAGAUUUGACUUCCGUCGUGUUCGUGUUCUUGCUUUGGUUGCUCCGAUGGAGACCCCACCGGCGGAAGAGCUACUGAAGAAAAUACGGGAGCUGGAGGAGAGUCAGGAGGAUCUGAAGCAGGAGAUGUCGAAGCUCAAGAUAUCUGCCGAGCACAAGCAGCGCUCGCAUUCGGCGUCGCCGCAGCGGCCGGCGAGGAGGAACAGAGCUGACGGAACUUCAGCAUGGAGGAGGACCGGGACCGCGUCAUUUCGCCACGCUUCCCCGCUGCAAAGGGAGAGUCGCUGCCAGGAUUCGGAGAAUGCGAGGGCUCGAGUCGGUGGCGGAGGACCGUCCCCGGUGAAUUUCACGGAAAAGCAGUAUUUGAAUAUUCUCCAGUCUAUGGCGCAAGCUGUUCAUGUGUUUGAUCUCGAUCGUCGCAUAAUCUUUUGGAACUCAAUGGCGGAGAAGCUUUAUGGCUACUCUGCUGCGGAAGCACUUGGCGGGGACCCACUUGAGAUUCUUGUUGAUGAUAGGGACAUUGCUGUUGCUCAAGAUAUUACUCGACGUUGCAGCAAUGGGGAGAGCUGGACGGGCGAGUUUCCCGUCAAGAACAGAAUAGGGGAGAGGUUUGCGGUUGUCACGACGAUUUCCCCCUUCUAUGAUGAUGAUGGUUCUCUGAUUGGAAUUAUUUGUAUCACAAGUGAGUCCUCGCUCUAUCAGGACCCGAGAGUUCCUUUGUUGAAAUCAAGGCGACAGGAAGGGGAAACAAGCUCUAGCCGGACUAUGAAUAGUGUUGCAUCUAAACUCGGGCUUGAUUCUCAGCAGCCUCUACAAGUCGCUAUAGCAUCGAAGAUAUCAGAUUUGGCAUCCAGGGUAAGCAACAAGGUCAGGUCGAAAAUUCGAUCUGGUGAGAACAACGCAGCACGCGAGGGUGGCAGUGGGGACAGUCAUCAGUCUGAUCAUGGUUUGUCUGAUGCUGCUCUGUCUGACCACAGGGAAGAUGCAAAUUCCAGUGGAGCUAGCACACCAAGAGGAGAUUUUAUCCAGUCUCCUUUCGGUGUAUUCUCGCUUCAUGAUGACAAGUCUUUUGGGAAGCCCUCCAGAGAUUCUGGUGAUGAGAGUGAUGGAAAAUCUGCAAUCCGAAAGAUUCUCAGCUCAAAAGCCGAAGAAUGGAUGGGGAAGAAAGGUUUUCCAUGGCCAUGGAAAGGAAAUGAGCGGGAAGGUUCAGAAGGAAGGCCUGGUAAUUUUGCAUGGCAUCUAGUGCACAGUGAACAAGAAAAAGAACUGGCUAUCCACAGUAGUCCCUCUCCUGGUGCUAAGUCCGAAGGCCAGGUAUCUGACAGUAAUAAGCCUUCUAAUAACGAGGCUUCUGGGUCGUGGUCUUCCUCUAUUAAUGUGAACAGCACUAGCAGCGCCAGCAGCUGUGGUAGUACCAGCAGCGGUGUUGUGAACAAAGCUGAUUUUGAUAGUGAUUGCUUAGACUAUGAAAUCUUGUGGGAGGACUUGACCAUUGGAGAACAAAUUGGGCAAGGUUCCUGUGGAACUGUCUACCAUGGUCUAUGGUUUGGUUCUGAUGUAGCUGUCAAGGUAUUCUCCAAACAAGAAUAUUCAGAAGAGAUGAUAAAAUCAUUCAGACAAGAGUGCAAUGGAAAUCCGCCUCCUGUCUUUCGUAACUUAGUAUCAUUGAUGAAAAGACUUAGGCAUCCAAACAUUCUGCUGUUUAUGGGAGCUGUGACUUCACCCCAGCGUCUAUGUAUAGUGACAGAGUUCCUUCCACGUGGAAGUCUCUUCCGACUCCUACAGAAGAGCUCAUCAAAAUUAGAUUGGAGAAAGCGCAUUCAUAUGGCCUUGGACAUUGCUCGUGGAGUGAAUUAUCUACACCACUGUAGUCCACCUAUCAUCCAUCGUGAUUUGAAGUCAUCGAAUCUACUGGUUGACAGGAACUGGACUGUGAAGGUUGCUGACUUUGGUCUUUCACGUCUCAAGCACGAGACAUACCUCACCACCAAGACGGGGAGGGGAACGCCUCAAUGGAUGGCCCCAGAAGUUCUUCGAAAUGAGCCUGCUGAUGAGAAGUCUGACGUUUACAGUUUUGGAGUAAUAUUAUGGGAGCUUGCCACCGAAAAGAUCCCAUGGGAAAACCUAAACUCUAUGCAGGUGAUCGGAGCAGUAGGAUUCAUGGACCAGAGACUAGAAAUUCCCAAGGAGAUCGAUCCACAGUGGGCUUCUUUGAUGGAGAGCUGCUGGCACAGUGAAGCGCAGAAAAGACCGUCGUUCCAAGAACUGAUGGAGAGACUGAGAGAACUUCAAAGGAAAUGCACGAUUCAGAUCCAAGCGGCCCGUGCUUCAGCUGCAGAUAACUCUUCACUACAGAAGGAAAACUAAAAGAAGAAAUCACACCGACGCAGGUCUGAACUCAAAUCUUCUUCUAUGCAAUCAAGAAUCAUACAUAGAAGCGGGAGGGUGAAUUUUUUUGUGAAUGUGUGCGUGCGUGCGUGUUUGAUUAGUAGUGGGAAGCAGAAAUGGGUUUGGUUGGCAGGAGGAGGAUUGGGUUUUUACCGAUCGUACGUCUUUUUCCUGGCACCAAAACCAUGAAGAGAGGAGUGGUGUGUGUGGUCAGUGUAGUGUUGUUUUCGGCCUCUCUUUUGUUUGUUCGGCCAGGCAAGGUUAAGAAUGAGGGUUAUAUAGAGAGGGGGUUGGUCUCGUUUUGUGGAAUUUUAUUUAUUUCUUUUGUUCAGGCUCGGUGGAGGGCUUAGGGUUAUAUAUAUAUAUAUAUAUACACAUAUUUAUUUAUGUAAUGGAGAAAGGAGCAAACCAUUUCUAAGAAUAGUUUGUACAGUGACUCGGUGAGGGGAAAAAAACAAACAAAAAGAAAAAAAUAGUUAAAUAUUUUAAUUAUGAUGGGUCGUUUAAUUGAA